AUGGAAGAUUCUGUUACACUGAAAUCUAUUCAAACUGACUCAACUAGCACAACAAACUUGUCUGAAGAUUUUUCUCGACCAUCCUACGGAGACCCACUGACUCCUCCGCCAACAAUCCGCAAGUCAUGGUACGUCAAAAUGCAGAAUCGACUCGCCACUCUAGCUGUCUUUAUUUUUGUCUUCUGCAUCGUCAUUUCAAUCAUCUUGAUCCUGGCUAGCUGGCAUAAAAUCUGA